CACCAACCAGCUAGGGUGAAUAAUAUGCCGGCGACUGCAUCCGCGAUUGUAUUACAAAUCAAUGUGAAGAGUUAUAUCAGACACAGCAAACAGCUUCCCCCAUCCUCAGAUGAAAAUCAUCACAAUCCUACCAACGGGCAUUCCUAUCGUCAUGGCAUCUACAAGGCCAGUCAAAGUUCUACAAGCCCCACAUACUGGAAUCACUGUGCGAUCACUCUCACGCGCCAUCCACUUAUUCCAAAACAUCUUAAACCUUCGAAUUUUACGCACCACUCAUCUCUGCCCCCCGGUCUCAGCAGUCGUUGGACACCCUGAAGCAGAGAUUGAUAUUGCCUUGGUUGAGCUUCCGGGCGGACAUCUUAUUGAGCUCCUUGAGUACUCAUCGCCACCCAAGGCCGAGCAACAGGAGCUAAAGCCUUGUAGCUGGGAUUUAGGGAGCUGGCAUUUGUGUCUGACCGUUGAAAGUUUGGAGGAAACUCUACGUGCUCUAGAUAGCGACGAAGCAGCCUGGAGUCAGCUUACUGCACCGCAAGUAUUACAACAAGGCCCUAAUGCUGGCAAGAAAGUGGUCUAUGUGCGGAACGAGGAUGGUCUGACGCUGGAACUGUUUGGGUGAAGAAAUAAUUGCUUGCCUGCUUAUGUAGACUACGAUAUUUAUCUAAUCUAAUGACCAGUUCUCUCACCCUGCUACAAACACCUGCCACAGUCAAGCUAAACUGAUACUAAAGGUAACAGGCGACAGCUAUC